GGGACUUUAGGGUCCAGUCUAAGCUUUCCCUAGCAUGAUUCCACCUUCAUGACACCAUUUUCCCCUCAUCCCUUUGUUUUAUGGGAAAGGAGACAAAACCCUUGCAGCUCCAUCAGAUAACAUUCUCAGAAUUUUGUCUAUAGCUUCAGACAAUAGAGUGCUGAGUGUGACCCAGUCCUACCCAUCUUAAUUAGUGCACUAAUGAUUUAUGAACUGUAGGGAUUUUUUUCCAUAAGGGAAAAUUAUAGAAAGUAAAUAUGAAAGAUAUUAGGUUCCAGAUUGUCCAUGUCCUUGGGGCCAAUGCAGGACUGUUUCCUCAAUUAUGGUUUCUGUAGUCUAGUUGAUCUUGUCUCCAACCAGUAUUGAUGGGUAAACCCUACCUUCAUGAGCUUUUAUUUGAUAAAACUAAUCUGUUUGGGGUCCCCCAGCCUGCUAGUUAAGUAUAUCUCCCCUGUCUUUAGAAAACUAAUUCUACACAAGUUUUGGGUAUCCCUCCUCCACUUGAGACUUAAAAGUCCAUAUUUACCUCUAUACCUUUUCAAAUAGUGCAGUUAUGUUCUUUCAUGCCUUUUCCUUGGUAGUCAUUUGCCUAAGACCUACAUAUUUAGGUUUGAAUCCUUCCUCAGAUGUCACUCCCAAACUAUAUAAUCAGGUUUGUUGCUGUUGUUUUCUUGACUCCCCUCCAUCUACUCUGUCCAGAAUAAAAUAUGCCAAGUGUGAUCACACUGUUAUUCCCUUCCACCCCCACACUCCAUGAUGUGAUAUCUACAAAUACAGCCUAAAAGCAUACCUGUGAUUGCAUACUCUUUUGGCACACACUAGAGAGGAAUUAUAUCAGGUGCAGCAGCUUCUGUUCACUAAUGCACAUUCAAAUAGAAAAUGCAGAAAUGAAAAGGGGAUACAAUCAGCUCUCACUGGUUUCAGAGCAAAAAUGCAACUGUUCAUUAAUCAGUUCAUGUUGAAAUACUAAAUGGAAGAGCGAAGUUCUGACGGGUCUAAGUAGACAGGCAGGAGACCUAAAGGUGAGAUUUUCAAAAGCAAUGCAGUGCUUGCCUAAAGGGAAUUUAGUCAUUAACUGCAAUGGGAGUAGCAUUAGACGAAUGCUAAGUGCUUUUGAAAAUCUCAGUCUGUAUGGGCAGCAAAGAACUAAGCACGUGAGCCUGUCAGAGAGCUGUGUUCUACUGGACUGAGCGUGUGGUUGAGAGGCAGCAGCCUUGAGAUCUAUUCCCACUUAUUUUCACCUGUCUGUGCCUCAGAGAUUCUAAAGCCAGACAGGACCCUUAUGAUCAUCUAGUCUGACCUCCUGUAUUUCACAGGCCAGAGAAUUUCACUAAAUGGUUCCUGCGUCAAGUCCAUAACUUCUGGUUGAGCCUCAAGUUUCCUCCUCUCUAAGGAGGAGAUAAACUUGCCUCUAGCGUGCUUUGAGGUGAUGAAGUGCUACUUAACUGCUAGGUAUUGCUGUUACUCUGAAACUGAAAAACAUUCAGUGGGCAAGAGGGCUCUCUUCUUUUUAGUUUACCUGCAAAUGUCCUUUCAAGGUUCCUUAGUUCAUCUGCUCCUGCUUCAGCCCCAGCUGAAGUCAUAGUUCUCUGUACAUGACAUCACAAGUGGCUGCUGUGGAAAUUGAUCUGUGCAAUGCAGCUCUCAGGUAGGAGGAGAUCCAAGGCCCAGAGAUAGAUGGGAAAACGAGAGCAUGAAGCUAAAUCCUAGGUCUGCACGGGGGAGCAAGGCAUGGAAGGAAGAGAGGGAGCAGGAGUGAGGCCUGCAGAGGAGUCAAGCAGCCAUUCAUUGUUUUUCUCUUUUGAAUAUUUUUUAGCCUUUGUCAUUCUUUCAGCCUUUGCAGCGUUUUGUUUUUGUUCAAAUGAAACCCCACCAUCCGCAGUUCUGGAACUGGGUUGGUAAUACGCCUGAAGGAGAACUUUAGAAUGUCUCUCAAAAUUAUGACCUAGGCAUCAUUGUCUAAUUGCAAAUCUCAGAAGGUAAACGUCUGUGGGGAAAGUCUGGACUGUGCUCUAUUGCCAUCAGCUUUAUAGAAAAUCUGUGGGUAAGUAUGACUGUACUAUAGUCGCUAUAACAACAAGUAAAUACACAAAUGCCACACACAGCUAGAGCUCUGCGGACUUCCUUACAUAGGAAACGGGCUAUGUCUGUGAGAAGAGAGUCACCUCACAGCUCUUCUUUGGGAUACCCAAGAAGGUGAGAUCUUUGUGCCCAGGUUGCCUGGAGAAAAUAUUCCAUGAAAAGAAACAGUGACUUCUCCCAGUGUCUGGAAGGGUGCUUGUGGCAAGACAGUCUCUUUACAAUCAGCAAAUAUUACUUUUGUUCCUGAAGUUCUUCCUUUAUGGAAGAGACCUACUGAUCUGAGAGAAUGGUCUUUCCGUAGCUGGGGACCUAAUUCUGUAUUGAAUUCCACAUUGACAGAGAAGAUCUCACUUUCUUUUUCAUUCCAGAAGCUUAAGUACAAUUUCUCUAGAACCCUAUGGGUAUCAUCCCUAGUCCACGAUAGAUCAUAUUUCCUGAAGGGUUCAUUUCAAACUAGGAACUGAAUAGAUGCCUAGAGCAGGAUUGGCUUCCUUUCUCCCCAGAGUGGCAGUCCACAAUACCUGCAGAGAACAGAUUACUCGGUAAGAUGCUGUGCAGGACACAUCUCUGCAGAGUGGCUGUGGGAGGCCUGUGCUUGCAUACCCCAUUGCAACGAAUCUUCUGUAAUUUGUGCUGUUUACAGCAAUGCUGGUGACUUUUAAAGAUUUCUCAUUUGUUAUGGUAGUGCCCAGGGGCUAACUAAGAACAGCGCCCCCUUGUGCCAGGCACUGUACAAACAGAAUAAUAGAAAGUCCCUGCCCCCAAGGAGCCUACCAUCUGAAUAAAGAAGGUAGACAAAGGGUAGGGGAGAGGGAUAGAGCAUACAAGCAGAGUGAAUGAUGAGAUGGCACCAUUUUUAAAAAAUUUGUUUUGUUAUUUCAGCCCUUUCAGUGUUCGGAGAGGAUUAGGUAGCUGGCAAGACAAAGGAGAAGAGGGGGAUGGAGGAGUAGAGACAGUUAGGAAGGAGGUAGGGAGGGGUCACAGGGGAAGGAAGGGAGGGGCAGGAAAGGAUAGAGCAAACAGCCAGUCAGCACAGGGAAGAGAGUGGUGAGAGUGCAAACUGCAGAAAGCUGUUUGAUGACAGCAUCUGGUCAUUUGGUCCCUCAAGAAGGUACAAACCUUCACACUAAGUAAAGUGAAGUGACAGAUACUCCCUCUAGUGUCAGGUGCCCUCUUCUCCCCCCUCCCUUGGAGGAAAACAGGUAUCUCUGCAUUGUGCUCUUUAGUGAGAUUGUCCCCAUGGAAACUAAAUUUCUAGCAGUACAGCAUGCUAGUUACUGGGACAGUGGGUGAGGUGGAGAGUACUUUAAGCCUUGCACUACUCUGUUUAUAGCAGUGGGAAAUGUUCUGUUUCUCUUCUAGUGGGAGCCAGCAGGGGGGUGCAGGGCAGGACUGAGGGGCAUUGCCAGAGCUGUGUAGGGAAAGUUUACAGCUGAACACUGCAAAUUGUACCUGACUUUGCCCACUGUAUUCAGGAACUGCAAGCUAGGACAAGAACAUUGGGAUGGUAGAGAUCUUUACUGAGGGCUGGUUUUAUCAAAUGUUUUCUCCCUGCUUUUUCCCAGCUAGGCCUUGUCUGGGAUCUCUUGCAGAUGACCUCUUGGGCAGAGCGUGAGUUCUUGCGUAAAGAGAGGCGUACCGCAUGGCCAGGGUUUUCCCCAAGAGCUUAUCAUAAACUGGCAGUUGCAAGACCACCAUGCACAGACAUCAAGAUCAAAGUUAAUCAGAAACUGCGCUGCCCCUGGGAAGACACUAGCCGCUGGCACAUCUGGGGAUACCACACCUGGCUGGAUGUAGGGAGGCUGCCUCCACUCUUCCCAUCGAGGCCGGACAUACCUUAUGACAGCAAUGUGUGGCGAUGGAUUACUGCUCCCAGGACAUACUGCAUGCCCCAGCCGCCCAUCCCGCCUCCCUCAGAGAUGGAUGGGAACACUUACCUCAAGUUCAUCGCACAGGGAGCUCUGUUUUUAGACAAGAAACAUACGGAAAAAGCUGUGGCCCAAAUACAGAAAGAGCUACAGGAAUGCAAGCGACUAAAGAUGAUGAGCGAGUGCCGAGCUCCCCCCAUAAACAGCCAGGGAAAUAUUUUGCCUCCUCAGGACUUCAACCGAUACAGACACUUGACUGCAGGAAGAGGCCUGCAAUCUCUCUCUGUCCAGCUGCAGCCAGUCAGACCUGCAACUAGAGACUGUUGGGAUUGGCCUUGCCCCAGCCUCCAACCCCAUUACCAGGAGGCAGCACAGAGACUUGCCUUGAGGAACAGCAGUCCAGUCUACGAAGAGUUGCUGCAGAAAUACCAGGAGCUGGCUGUGUCUGGGAGACAAACAGGGUUUUGUAACCCUCCCAGCAAACAGAACCCAGAACACUAG